UAGCCAUUCUAUAACCCACUAAAAGUUGCAAGAAAUAAAUGCCACUCCAUGCAUCCUCUCACAGAGGUUUCAGUUUAUUCCCUGUUGGACACCUCCCAGGUUUGCUAAAUUCCCAAAUCCUCCCACAAUAUUCAUCUCAGAGGCCCCAGGAACAGUAACACAGGGAAUAGGGAACAUUGCUGCGCUGGCUCCUCCUCUCCUACACGCACUUUCAACACAGGAGCUGCAAGCCACGCCUACAAUCUUCGCGUUCCUCCCUGAUCUCCGCCUCCAGUGAACGUCAAGUGGUAUGGAGCUCACGUGACCGGAAAAGAAGAGUUCCCUGAAGAGAAGCGGCAGGAGGAGGUGCGAGUGUUGGCAGAGCUGUUUGUGCUACUUGUAGCUCAGAAACCCGGAGUUUCCUACUCACACAGAUGUCAUGUGAUCUCCAGAUCUGCCGCUGAGAUGCUUUCGUCUCUCACCUUUGAGAAUGCCCAGGAAUCCAAAGAGUUGAAGCAGAGAAUAACCAAGAAGUUGGCCACUUCUCUCCGAACUCUCCAGAUCCGCUACGUGACUACGGAUGAUGUCAUCACCAGUGACGACGACGAUGCCAACACUCUGUGUGUGGCCCUCGAAGCCGUGUUUAUUCAUGGGCUGAAAGCCAAAUUCAUCAAAGCCCAGGCAGAGAAGAGGAAUAGGAGAUAUAAAGGCCGCCAUGUACCUCUGCCCCAGCCUGCCUACUGGCCACUGCUGAAGGCCAUCACUCACCGCAAUGUGAUUUCAGAACUGGAGAGGGUGAGUUACAUUAACACCGACAUAGGACGCUGCCGCUCAUGGUUACGGCUGGCGCUGAACGACUGUCUCAUGGAAUGUUAUUUCAUCUCCUUGCAACGAGAGAAAUCCUGGCUUACCGAGUAUUACCAGCCUUUUGCCUUGCUGCUGGAUGCUGAAGGUUGUGACGUGGUGCUCAGCUACCUGCAAGGCUUGGCCUCUUUGACGUUCUCUCUUUCCUACAAAUCUUCCAUUUUGAACGAGUGGACGGCCACUCCUCUGUCAUUGGCCGGGCUUUGGCUCGAUGACUCUGAGCGUCUUACAAAUGGCCAAUAUGAACAUCACAGAAGGAAGUCGCUGGACUCUGUGUCUCAGUCAUCCAGUUCGGAUGAUACCAACAGCUCUUUGUUAUGUGGAAGCAAAGGCAAAAUGGAUUCCCCCCUGAACCUGGAGCCAAACAGCUCUUCCUUACAGUUCUCUUCCAGUCUUUGCUCCGAGGGGCUGCUCCAUAAUCAGACCACCUCAAGUAGUAUCCACUCUGGUUCUGAAAACUCUUCUUGUGAUGCUGACUCAGCCGAGAUGGAGGAAUCUGAUAAAUCUCAUGCAGAGGAAUAUGAAUUUGAUAUCUCUCCGAUGUCCGGAAGAGAUUCACCCACUGUGUCUGGAAUUGCUUCCCCCUCAGGAGAAGCCGUGUCUGAGUCCGAGAAAGCCAACCCACAGGUCAUCAAAUGUCGAGAGGAAUUGGAUGGAAAAGAAACUCCACAGGCAGCGUGUGCAUUAAAAGCUGAUUUGGGGACACCCCAUGCAAGCAUUAGCGCUCCUUCUUCAAGUCUUGGCACUAGAAAAGAAAGGCCUUGCACCCCUCCAGAGCAGCAUGAACCUGUUAUGUGCCAAAAUGUCACUACUGAGGAAACUGACAGAGGCCCAACAUUUGACAUCAGCCCUGAAAAUGCUGCUUGUGACAACCAGACUUCUAAGCCUCCUCAGGUUGCACAGAUAUGUGACCAAUCCAAUAGCUGCAUUCAUGAUGAGGACUCCUGUCAGGCACCAGAGAUUCCUCCAGCCUCCCUGCUCUCUGUGACUCCUGCAAGUAAAGAAAAGCCUGAGGGUUCUCUCUCUGUCCAAGAGAAUCCUCCUAUGGUGAAACUACCUAAAAGCCGAAGCUGGAUUUCCGAAGAUGAUUUCCAGAGGCCCGAACGUGCCCUUCCCCCAGAAUCAACCCAGUCUGGACCUUUGCUUCCUUCCCAGCCCCCCAGCAGUGAGAUCUCCGACCUUGGCCCACACAACAAAGCUUUUAAUGUGGUUCACCGAAGACAGAUUGGCCUCUCCAACCCUUUCCGUGGCCUCAUGAUGAUGGGAGACCUUGAUAGAAGAAUCUUGGGGAUAUAUAAAAGCUUUUACUGUGAGCUGACUCCCGUAGAGUUCCGUAUGUUCCUGAAAGGAGAGGACCGGGUCUGUUUGGAUAAUUUUACCCUGAUACGCUGUGAGUCUGUUGGUCCGGUGCAGAGCGACGGUCGAUUUGAUUUACACUUUCCAGCAAAAAAGCUCCAUUUGCGAGCCCCCUCAAGCAACGAGGCUCAAGACUGGGUUGACAGGAUACGGGAAGCCUUACAGAAAUGCCGCCCGCAGAAAGAUGACACCUGGGAAGUUUUACAGAUCCCAGAACCCCCCAAAUCAGGCCAAGAAAGCCCACUCCUGUCUCCUCAAAGAACCCCCUCAUCUCCUGUUGGAAGCAUAAAGUCAGAGUCAUUCGACUGGGUCUGCCCGUUGAAAUCAGAGCCCGGUGCGCUGAAAGAAUCCGUCUUGUACAUGAAGAUGGAUAAAAAAUGGACGCGCUGUAUUUUCUCCUUAACAGAAAAGGAGCUGAAGUGUUUCCUAGCUAAGAACUCAGAGAAAGUUUUACACAACAUAUUUGGCAUUGAGAUGGUGAGAGACAUUCUGCCUGAUGCCAGUCUCGGAAGCCCAUCCUGCUUCAAAGUGGUCACCUCCAAAGGUUCCCUGCAACUGCAGGCCGAGAGUUCUAGCGAGGCCAAACACUGGAGGGAGAUGGUCCGAGAUGUGUGCUUGGAACUGACAGAUGAACUGGCAAUAAAGUCCCACAUCAGAGAGCAUGCACUGUUUCAGUACUUGUUGUAUAUCCCUUCUGAGAAAGGCUUAGACACUCAGAACUUUAAAUGUGCAGCUUGCCACAAGCAGAUUGGUUUUCAGUUUGGAAAAGCGAAACGCUGCGCUUACUCGGCACUUUAUUACUGUGAGUGCUGCCAUCAAGACGAGGACUCUGUCAUUCCUUCUAGAAUGGUGCAUAACUGGGACCUCACAGAGCAAGCCGUUUCAAGACCAGCAUUAAAAUUCCUCAAUGUGGUGCUUAAUGAACCAAUCAUAAAUGUGCUGUCUGUUAAUAGCGGCCUGUAUCAGCACUCACACACUAUGUACAAUAUCAGCCGCAGCCGAGAGAGACUGAGGCUCCUGGCAGAAUACUUACACACCUGUCGUAGUGGAGCACUCCAGCAACUGAGCAACAGCCUGGAUAAUCGGACCUACCUACUGGAAUGCUCUCACACGUAUAGUGUCCAGGAUCUCAGGCAGAUCGCCAGCGGAGCGUUUGAAUCGUUCCUGGAAGCUGCUGUGGACUUUGCCAUCAAGCAUGUGUAUGAUUGUGAUCUUUGCAGCCAAAAAGGAUUUAUUUGCCAAAUCUGCAACCAGGAUGAGAUUAUUUACCCCUUCCAGUUUGAAACGACCACCAGAUGCGGAGACUGCAAGUCUGUCUUCCACAAACCGUGCAAAGCGGAAGUGAAACGGUGUCCUCGCUGCGUAAGAAGAAAAAGGAACCAGCAUCAAGGUGUGAAUAUGUAAAUAUAUCCAAGGAAAGGAUGGACUGCGCCUUUUGCUGCGCUCAUGAACCCAAUGUCCCUGAACUGCAGCUGAAACCGCUUCACGUUCCUUCAUUAAUCUGCACAAAAUAUGGCCGCCAGCAGCGCAUUCUCUGCUGUUGUGAGGGGAGUUCUACCCAAACACUUCACCGCAUUGACAGACGCAGGUUCUUUAAGAACUCCAUUAACUCGACUUGCCCAUGACAAGGUAUACAGUUCGGGCGCAAUACACUAAAACUCUAUUACUGCUGAAGGAUUUAAAGCAGCCUUCCUCUCAAUGCUGAUGUCACUUUGGAGACUAACUGUAUAUAAUAUAUAUACGUAUAUAUACUGUUCCCUCAGCACUGGGUUUCUGCUGAAGUUGCUAAAUCGACAGAACCUUUUCUGCUUUCAGAGGAAGUGGUUUGACUGUUGAACAUUGUGGAUUUAAUAUUGCUUUUGUUUUUAAUCUGGUAUUUCACAAAGCUCCGAAUCUCAAGAUACAUUUUCACUACCAUAGGUGGCUCUGCAGCAUCUACACAUUGUUUUUAUACCGUCUCAUCGUAAACGGGAACUAUCGCGGAAAUCUAAAUUUUAAUAUAAGCUUAAAGGGGAAGUAAAGUUUAAAAUAGAAUAAGGCUA